AUCACAGCCAUUUGCGUACACUAAAUUCGAAAGAUUUGUCGUCAUGUCAGAUGACAAAGGGUCCGGUUUGGAUGGAACUGUGGGAGAUGAUACAUCAUCCCGUUAUACACAGGCAUUGAGAUUUUUAAUCUCGCUACAAUCUCAAAAGGAACAAGAUACUGACGCUCAGCGUGCUUUCUUACGCUCAAAAGGUCUUUCGGAACAAGAAAUCGAAAAUGCAUUCGAAGAGAUAAAGAGACCUGAGAUUAUGGAGAAAGAUGGUCUGGUGAAAGCGAAAAGCGUGGAAGAGAGUGGUCUAAGCGAUGCUGAUGCUUUCGAUCAUGCUGCAAAAGCAUUUGAUGAUCCGCUUCACUCGAAUAUGUACGGUGAUGACAGUACAUCCGUACAACAAACGUCAAACGCACCGCCUUCUCUGCCACCAAGAACGUACCCUAGAUCACCCUUGGCCCUAUACCAACAACCAGGUCAAAAUGAUUUAUCAAAUUCAUCAAUUGAUAAUCCAUUAACAAGAUAUCACGUCCUCUUACGCUUUUUCAGAUCUUUCUGCUAUUUCCUCGUCUUGGGAGGUGGUGUGACGAGUAUCGCUGUGGCAUUGUAUAGAGCAUACAUGAUGCCUCGUCUGAUUGCAACUUUGGAUGCACGUUCAAGCUUGUUACAACACCAUCGAAGUUUGUUCUCCACUCUGGCAGGUCGAGUGAAAAGUUUGAAGAACAACAGCUUGGCACCCGCAUCCACUGUGCAAGAACUACAACAACAGCAGGAAGGUGCAACAGGUGCACCACCACUCAAAGGCGUCUUGAAGAAAGUUCAAUUUGCCGAUGAGGUAGAGACAAAAGCUGUAAGCGGCAAUGAUUCAAAGGGAACACAUAAAUCAGAGGCAAUCGAAGAAGAGGAAAAGAAGGAAUCAGGAGAGACGACUGCUCUACUUGGAGAGAAAGAGGCGGGAGAAGAUGCAAGUGAGAAGUCGAUACCCGAGAAGGAAGGCGGGGAAAACGCAACUGCAGAGGAAAAGAACGUGGAAGAGAUCGAAAAACCUGCUUUGCCUCCUAUCAACAUCUUGGAGUCUCUGCAGUCAAGUCUAGCACGACUUAAUCAAGCUCUCAAAGCGGAUGUAUCGGCUUCUGCGAUUGGAAGUGAGAUCGGCUCAGUGAGAAAUUCCAGCACUACAAGUCUGGCCACAACGGUUGAGGAAGAAGGUGAUGCAUGGGUAAGCGAUGAAGAUAGUGAUGAAUUGGAAUUCGAUCCUUUUGCUCCUCCAUCCACAAAAGCAAAAUCUUCAAAAAGAAAGCAUUCACCAAAGAAUAAUGUCUCUUCGUCCAAGUCAUCUGCUGAUCGACCUUCGGCCAGUGGUACAUCUUCUUCCACACUAAAGUCUACAUUGAACAGCGUCAAUGCUUACAUCAACACACAAACUUACAUGGCAAAUGCCAACGUAUUUGGCUCAAGGUCACUGGGAAUCGGUUCAAGUGGAAGUACAGACAGCAAUGCAUCCAAAUCAGGAGAAGUGGCACAAGUCAGAGCAGAAAUACGCAGUCUGAAAGGGUUGUUAUUGAGUCGUAGAAAUUUCCCUAUCUAUCAAAGACCUACGCCGCCACCACAACCAGCUCGUGUUGAACCUACUGCAUGAGUCGUGUACAUUUUGCUUCGAACCAAAUAAUGUAAUUUUAUUGCAAACCAUCUUUUUAAGAAAAAAGAAAUACUGUCUAGAGAGUGUGAGAACUAUAUAAUAUACAAAUGUAUUGAAAUCC